CUGUUAAUUGAGUAAACAACUUAAUACGGCGUUACCAGAAAACUAUGAAAAUCUACCUAUACAAAGCAUGUUGAUGCCUAUGUGCAUGGAUAAUGUCAUUACCAGAGAGGUUCAAAUUCACAUUGAAAUUAAAACUAGAUCCAAUUCAAAUAUAGUGAAGGAUUAAGUAAUAUAUUUUGAACAAAACAGGCUGAAAUAAAGUGAAUGUGGAAUUUAUCAUGGGCAAAGUGAAUAGCCCAAAAAUUAGGUCACUGUAUGCAAUAGUAAUAAAGACACGUGGGCGGAAGUUAGCGACGUCAUCAAAACAGUGAGACAGGCGGAGGAAAAGCAGCCCAUCAGUGGAUGUGACACGCUUACAAAUACAUAGAAAACAACCCAGCAAGCAGCAGGACACCAUGAUCCGGGUCCAGCAUCUUGCAUAGUUUAAUCGUCGAUUCAACUGGACAGCGAAGUUUUGUGAUAUCUUUUCUUCUCCCUUUCCCGAGUCGUCUUCGUCGUCGUCGUCGGCAGCACCAGCAGCACCACCACCAUCAUGGUGAAGCAGUCGGACCGAGCCCCGCUGCUGGACUGGGAGGAGAUCCCACCGCCCGAUCCGAACCAGACGGCCCAUCCGCCGCCUCCGAUGCCGAGAGAGGAAGACGCCCCGAAAAGUUCGCAGCUAGCCGGGCGGCACGCACCGGCUGGCACUGGGUGGAGCCCCAGCAACGUUAGCGCAGCGGCGACCACCAUCACCUGCAGCCCGACGAGGAGUGUGACAGCUGCGGUUGCCAGCGGGAACGGAAGCCCGGGCCGUCCGCGAACAGAGCCACUCGGAACAGACCGUCAUGUUCCCUUCCCCGGCCUGUCGGCGAGGGAUCAGUGGGAGGAAAAAGACCAGAUCGUGGCUGUGUUUGUGGUUACCUUUGAUACAAGAUCAGGGAAUAUGGUCGAGUGGUCCCUGCCUCACGACAUCAACCUAGAUGGAGUUGAAUUCAAGUCGAUUGCCAGCGGUUCCCAUCGGAUCACCAGUGACUUUAUAUAUUUCCGUAAAGGCUGUUACUUUGGGCUGGCCUGUUUUGCUAACAUGCCUGUGGAGAGUGAGCUGGAGCGAGGAGCGAGGAUGAAGUCAGUGGGGAUUCUGUCUCCCUCCUACACUCUGCUUUACCGCUACAUGCACUUUCUGGAGAACCAAGUCAGACAUCAGUUGAAGUGUCCCGGCCAUUAUUCUCCGCUGGAGGCCUUCUAUGAGGAUAAGAAGGCCGUCCUUCCUCCUACAGGAAAUGGUCUGGUCACCGCUUGCCCGACCUGGAGUGUUACCACCAUCAACCGCUGUAUGCACCCAGAAAUGAAGAUCACCCACCCAGCUGGCUGCAUGUCCCAGUUCAUCCAGUUUUUCGGGGAGCAGAUAAUGGUGCUGUGGAAGUUUGCACUGCUGAGGAAACGGAUCCUCAUCUUCUCCCCUCCACCCGUAGGUGUGGUCUGCUACAGGGUGUAUUGCCUUUGCUGCCUGGCCAAUGUCUCUCUACCUGGAAUUGGUGUCUCCGUUCCUGAAUUACGGCCUUUCUUCUACAUCAACAUAGCCGACAUCCCUGCCCUGGGAACAGAGCUGUCAUACGUGGCCUGCACCACAGAGAAGAUUUUUGAGGAGAAGAAAGACCUGUACGACGUCUACAUUGAUAACCAGAAUGUGAAAACGCACAGAAGCCAUUUGCAGCCGCUGCUCCGACUGAACGCAUCAGAUAAGGAGAAGUACAGGAAACUGAGUGAACAGAGGCAGAUGUUGCUCUACUCUCAGGAGGUGGAUGGAGACUGCACUACAAACGAAGAGGAUCUUUUCAUUCUGUUCUUCAUGGAGCUUAAUAACCGCAUCUUUCAGACCCUGUCGGACGUAGCAGGGAGCACCGAUCCCUACCUCACCGCUGAGCACGUGAGGGCCAUGGGGCUGGAUCCCCAGGGCGAUCGAUACUUCCUAGCGGACCUGCUGGAGGUGUACGGGAUCGACGUCACGCUGGUCAUAGACAACCUCUGCUGCUCCUGAGCCCCGACAGCCUUGGACACUCUAAACGCCACUGGAUAUUUGUGCCUUCAAGGCCCACUUACACUAAGACAAUGUAGACACUGCCUCCACCCUCGGACUUCCAUCCGUCUCUUGCUGUCCCCUCUUGGGUGUCUGUUUUCCCUCUUUGUAUGUCUCAUCUGACCUGUGGAGGCCGUUUCCAAACAUCGUGGAUGAUUAGGACACUUAACGUUGGUGCACUGGUCCACGGGGGCAGAAAACAUUUGCCUCGUAAACAAUUCCACCUGGCAGCUGCAUGGUCUUACAGCCAUUCACAUCUUACGUCGCUUAGUGCUGUUUUUCUAAAUACUGGUUUGCUUGUGAUCUCUUGUUUGACUUUGAUUCCAGCGGAAGUGACCAGGGCUGGAGGUCUUGAUUUGGUCUGGUCACUGCUGCAGGAUGAUUGGUCGUUCUUCACUGCACCCAUCACAAUGAAGAAGGCAUUGAAACAUUCACAAUCCCGCAGCUUUGGGGUCCACAUACUAUUUGUCUGAAGAGAAGAAUUCACCUUAUGUGGGUUCAGUUUUACUGCUGCAGAUAAAUUUGUGUGCUACAAAUAGAUUUUAUAGAGGAUUCUAGGUGUCAUAAUGUACAACAAAUUCCUCCUGCUGUAUAACAUACUUGGAUGAUAAUAUUUAGUGAAUCACAUGCUUUUUGACUAUUUACCUUUCAAAAAGGAAGCAAUAGAAGUCUGUAGUUGAAACCAGCCCUCUUCAUGUAUAUGUGUUUUUCUAGUUUUUUUCUAUUUCUUUCACAACUGAAAGUGAGCAGGGAGGAUGUUUGCUAAUGAGUGUGAUAUCCUCUUUUUAUUAUGGGGAUGGUUAAUUAUUAUGAAGCUUGUAGAGUGAGAAGAGAAAAGCAAUUAAAUACUUUGUUCACAUUUAAUGCACCUUCAGCACAAGGUAGGUCUGAUAAUGUGUCUGUGUGUUUGAUCACAGUCAAAUGUACCAGUGAUGGAGGCGUUCUGUAAACUUUUGUGUUACAUGUUUUUAACAUAAACUGAGGUUAUUGUCAAUGAAUGUAACUCUAUACCACUAACUCAUCAUGAAUGCUGCACCAUGUCAACCACUGGAACAUUUCCAUAAUCACUGAUGCACACAGUGAUCAUGCUUAACUGUACCUUUUUACAUUAUGUUUAUGACUAACAGUCUGUGUUUUUGGAGAUCUGCUGUUGAUCACAGUGAAUGAUGGGCAGAAGCUUUAAGAGCUCCCGCCCCCCAAUCUGUUUUAGAUUAUUAGAUUUUUUUUUGUCUUUUCUUCACAGUCCCCUUGAGUGAAUCCAGUUCCUGAUGGGCCAACUGUGUCUUUUGAAUUAUCCUGGCAGACUGGUUAAUUUAAUUCAUCACUUUGCCAAUCAGAGUCAUAAUUUGUUCCAUGUUGGAACACACCAGGCUGAUGUCUCGUAUAAAUUUGGAGCAGUGGUUCUCCGCCUUCUCGUGAACCCCCUUAAGCAAGCUAAAACACCAAGUCGUUUUUUUAAACAUGUCCUGAAUCUUCAAAUAUUAUUUUUUAAUUUGUUAUCACAUUCCAAACAUGAUCUUUCUGGGUCGGAUCCAUAUGUUGGCAACUGCUGUCCUUUGACAUGAACCCCAAAGAUGUUUUCUGGGUUGGUUACAAAAUUAAAAAAUUCUACCAAGUAUUGUAUUCAGAAGAGCUUUGUUGUUUAAACAGGGCCUUAAGGAAAUGUGACUCAUUACUGUACGUACGUCAACCGUAUUUGCUGACAGCACUUCUGAAUGACCUUACCGUGUCCAGUUAAACCUGUUGACUCUGACUGGUCUAUUUACUUGUCAGCAGACGUAAUAAUCUUAGCUCUGACAGUAUUUGCUUUACAGGUGUUUGUUAAAUGUAAAAUGGAAUGUACACAACACAUACCACUGUAUACAAUGCCUUCUUUUGUGGAGCCGUUCACAGAUGUGUACCAGCAUUGGCUAAGUGAGUCGUUUGUACAGCGUGUCACUCUACUGAAUGUCAAAGACAGCAAAAGUAUUGCACACAUGCAGCAACACAUCCAAGUAGUGUAACUGUUUCCUUCUUGAUUGUGAUGUAAAUCAAGAGUGUUCACACAAUAACAAAAUAAGUCUUCACCUUUACUAAUGUGAAACACUGUAAGAGAUGUCAGUAAUGUACACAUGAACUCAAUAGCAUGAGCAACUGUUCAUUUCACUGUACUGCCAUUGUAAAACAAUAAAACAUUGAU